AUGCCUAUGGCUCUCGCGGCGCUGCCCAAAGCCUUCGGGCUCCCCGUAGAAACACGCAAGGGACUUUUUCCCCAUUUAUUCAAUACGCCGGCGAAUCCCGGCUACGUUGGCCUGCUACCAUCAGCCGAAUAUCAUUCGCCGGACAGCAUGAGGACCGCGGAACGAACAGCAUUUCACGCGUGGUACAACGAGGCUGUGGAAAAUAACUAUGUAUUUGAGUUCGACAAGGAGUUGAUCGAUUAUUGUCGAAGCGACGUUGACAUUCUUCGGAGAGCCUGUUCGGCGUUGAGAGAUAAUUUUCCCACGCAGGGGGGUGUCUGUCCGUUCUCGCAAAGCACCACCAUCGCGUCUGCGUGUUCGGUACUAUUUCGACAGAAUUUCCUGCAAGACAAUACCAUCGGGAUUAUACCGUCUCGCGGGUAUCGGAUGACCGACAAUCAGUCCACCAAGGCGGUCGAGUGGCUCGUCUGCAAAGAACGCGAAAUCGGUAUAGAGAUAAUGCACGCGGGUCGCUGCAGGGAGUAUCGUAUCCCGGAAACGGGUCGCCCUGUGGACGGUUACUACGUGACCGAGGAUGGUACCAGACACGUGCUCGAAUUUCAGGGGUGUUACUGGCACGGAUGCCGAAAUUGUUUCACAGCGAAUCGCGACGAAGAACUGGUGGCUAAAGAUUGCAUGAAUAAGCGCUUCGAGGAAACCCGCGCGAAGACCGUCAGAAUGCGUGCGCUCGGUUACGUCGUGACGGAGAUGUGGGAGUGCGUUUUCGCCGAGAUGCUGAAGAACGACGCGGAACUGCGAGCGUACGUGGAGCAACACCCGUUGAUCGUCGCGAGAAACGAAAAGUGUUUAAAUCCUCGCGAUGCGUUCUUCGGCGGUCGUACGAACAACACGAAACGGUUCUACGAGGUUGCCGAGGGGGAGCGAAUUCGCUAUGUGGAUGUUUGCUCCCUGUAUCCGUGGGUGUGCAAAAACGGGUGGUACCCCGUUGGACAUCCCAAGGUGCACGUGGGGGAUUCCUGUGAGACGUUGACAGGGCCCGACAACGCGAAUCUAGACGCGGUAGAGGGCCUCGUGAAAUGCGUCGUGCUUCCGCCGCAAAAUCUCUACCACCCGUUGCUGCCGGUCCGCAUGCACGGCAAAUUGAUGUUUCCGUUGUGUCGCACGUGUUGCGAGAAUUCGACACCCGACGAUUGCCCGCAUGCGAACGAAGCCGACCGCUGGUUGAGCGGUACACGGGUGUCGGACGAAUUGAAAAAAGCGAUCACCCUGGGGUACAGAAUUGUCGAUGUCAGCGAAAUAUGA